CUAGAGGCGUGGCUUAAUCCUUAACAGCUGCGUGUGAUUGGCUAACAGGAUGAAAGGAACUUAGUAGCAUUUGCUGAUUGGCUAGAUCGGACAUGAAUGAUAUGGUUAAAUAGAAUAGUUAAUAAAGAGGUGGUAUUUAUAACUAACAAGUUAUACAUGGUUUAGUGUUGUGGAUAUCCUUCUACAGAGUCACAUGUUUUCCUACUAUUGAUACAUGUUGAGCCCGUAUAAAAUCAGGUCAUAUAACGAACGCAGUCACCUUGUGAAACGUCUAGGAUAUAUAGGAUAACUGUUUAACCCUGACAAGAUGCCUCGCGCUUUCUUAAUCAAGAAACGCGAUAAAAGUGAGUCGGAAACGCAAAUCUUCAAUCCAAGAUCGGAUAAUCCUCCGGCAGCAGCGGAUGUGGAAGAAGAUGAAGAAACUAUUAAUGUUACCGAUACUGAUGACACGCCGAUGGAAGUUACGGAAUCUAACUUAAAAUCAAAUGAGGCAACUUUAUCUCCUAAAGUUUUGGUGGAAGAGAUGCCGAAACCUGUGGUGACCCCGGUGCCACGCUUGUCACCCAUACAACAGAAGAGAGAUAUGUAUUUGACAGGUCGAUCGAUGGAAGGAAUAAUAAAACAGACUAUAGUAAAACCCAUACCAGAGCGACCAAUGAUUCCGGUGUCACUUCAUCUCCCGCCAACACCAGAUUGUCACAGAAGACUCUCACCGCAUUCACCUGCUGAUCUAGAUCGCAGAACCGGAAGUCUGAGUCCUGUCGAUAGUCCCAGUUGUAGUCCACCAGAGCCUGCUCGAUUCCACGAUCCAUUCCCAUGGCAACCUCCACUUAUCUCUAAUUUACACAGUCACCCAUUUUUACCGUUCCGCUUCUUCAGUGGAUUCCCAUCACCCCCAUUGCCAAGAAACCUCAACGAUUCAACGCUGGGAUUUAGGCCAUAUGCAGAAGUCUCGUCAGCUUUCAAAGGACCACAACUCUUGCCACCGCCAACGUAUCUUCCGGCGGGAAUGCGUUAUCCAAUGAACUUUCCCCAGUCUCCUAAUGACACUCGAAAACUUUUCGACGAUAGACGAAUGGACUUAGAUUUCAGUGUUAAAAUGGCUAAAGCACCAUUUGAUAACGUUUUGAACUAUUCGGUGGUGACAGAACGCCCCGUUCCGGAAUUAGAACUCACGGAGAAAAAGAAAAGUAAAGAAAACGAACCUAUUCGAUAUCAGUGCGAUUCUUGUAAAAAGAGCUACUCGACGUUUAGCGGUUUAUCUAAACACAAACAAUUUCAUUGUGCCUCGCAGAUUAAGAAAGAAUUCAACUGUAAAUACUGUGAUAAGACGUACGUGUCUCUGGGAGCUUUAAAAAUGCACAUAAGAACUCACACAUUACCCUGUAAGUGUAAAUUAUGCGGUAAAGCUUUUUCUCGACCUUGGUUAUUACAAGGUCAUAUCAGGACUCAUACUGGCGAGAAGCCAUUUUCUUGUCAACAUUGUGGUCGUGCUUUUGCUGACCGCUCCAAUCUAAGAGCACAUCUUCAGACCCAUUCAGAUGUUAAGAAAUACAGUUGUCGAAGCUGCAGCAAAACCUUUUCCAGAAUGUCGUUAUUAUUGAAACAUGAAGAUGGUUGUUGUGGCACAGUUGUUCAUUAAAACUUUAAACGUGAUCAAAACAUUAUUGUGAAGAACAUAAACUAGACAUGACUACAAUUAAAUAUAUCAAAUUUAAAUUUGAAAUCGAAGGACACAACUUAUAUAUUUAUUUAGGUGUUAGUUUUUGUAAGGUGCCAUUUUAAAAGAAACAGUCAAAUUGUUAUUUAUUUUUAUUUCCCAAUUUUUAUUUAUUUUUAUGUGUGUUCUUGUCAAAUCAGUAUUCAACAUUUCUGUCUCUUGUCCAUUUAAUAAAUGUUAUUUGUGAUAUUAUACUUAUGAUUUGAGUAACGUUUAGCUUUUUCUAUACCGUUACUCAUUUUAAAACGAAUUUAGUCAAUACUUUAAUUCGUACCAUUGGAACUUACAUUGCUCUGCUAUUACAGAGACUGUUUCAAUUUGUUAUUAUGAAUUAUACUUCUAAUCUGAGUAACGUUUAGUCCUUUCUAUACCGUUACUCAUUUUAGACUACUUCAAUUUGUUAUUAUGAAUUAUACUUCUAAUCUGAGUAACGUUUAGCCUUUUCUAUACCGUUACUCAUUUUAACGAAUUUAGUUCCCUGCCCCCCCCCCCAUUUAUUUGUGCCAUUGGAACUUACAUGUCUCUACUAUUACAGAGACUGUUUGAAUUUGUUUUUAUGAAUUAUACUUAUAGUCUGAGUAACGUUUACUUUUAUAUAUACCGUUACUCAUUUUAAAAUGAAUUUAGUCGCCCCCACCCCCCCAUUAAUUCGUGCCAUUGGAACAACCAUUUCUCUACUAUUACAGAGACUGUUUCAAUUUGAUAUUGUGAAUUAUACUUCUAAUCUGAGUAUUUCUAUACCGUUACUCAUUUUAACGAAUUUAGUCCCCCACCCUCUCCCAUUAAUUUGUGCCAUUGGAACAUAGAUACUAUCACAGAGACUGUUUCAAAUUGUUGUUAUGAAAACUUCCCCUUUUUGCUUUAUACAUAUAUUGAAACUAUUUCAUUUGUUAUUAAAUCAAUAUUUUGUUGAAUCAGUGAUGAAUACUCUAAAUAUUUAUUAUGUAUAUUAAAGACUUACAUUAGACCGUUGCAGUCAA